AUGUCUUCCAAUCCUUCGAUCCCCUUAGCGAGCGAUUUCCCAGCGAGUCUCGAACCAAUCAUCCACCUGCCAGCAAACAACAGAUCGACCAAUGUGGUCCUCUUCCUGCCAGGUCUGGGAGACACAGUCGCCAACUUUUCAUCGUUCGCCCGCGCUUUGAACCUGCCUGAUGUUUUGACCAUCACCCUCAAACCGCCCUUCCCCUUGCCGUUCCCACUUGGACCUGGAGAUCAGUGGUCUGAGGACCUUCAAGUCGACGCAUCGACAGGAGCCUUGGACCCUGACUCACCCUUGACGCGGGCAAUAGGACUCGUUGCCAAAGACGUCAUCGCCAAUGUCUUGGUUGGCAAAUUAAAAUAUCGACCCGAUCAUGUUCAUCUCAUCGGCUUCGGCCAAGGUGGCUCAGUCGCGGUUUCAGUGCCCUUGCACUCUUCCCUUGCAUCUCUACCACCGCUGGGGAGUGUCAUCUCCAUCGGUGGGGUUCCACCCAUAACGACAUCUCUUGCUUCCAGCACUUCAAGGAACAGAACGCCUGUUCUACUACUUUCGGGGUCGAAAUCGCCGCUAGCAUCGGCCGACUCAAGCCCAUUGAAACGUGUCAAGUUAGCGUACAACUUUGUUACAUACCACCAAUGGAAGAAGACGGAUGAUUCCAUGCCCAAGAACAGGGACGAAGUACUGCCUAUGAUGCAGUUCUGGGCCCGCAGGUUGAAGAGCAGGCGUGGGGUGCCAGACGAUGCGGUCGAAAUUAGUUAA